AUGAAACGACCGCGCGGCCUGCGAGACCGACUGGCCCUGCUGCUCGCUCUGGGCGUCCCAGCACGAGCCGGCUCGCCUCCGAUCACGGUCUCGAUCCAAGCGACAUGGCCGGAGCCGGCGAUGGUAGUCCAAGUCCUGGAAUCGGUUGCGCUCGAGCGCCCCGGGCUGUUCUUCCCCUCGCUGGACGCGGCGUGCUCGGCCUGGGCGGAGACGGGGCCGGCGCCGCCGGCCACCGACCAGCAGACGUACGAGCAUCUCGUCGGCCUCCUCCGCACCCCCGGCCUGCUCGACCGCCCCGCCGAGCUCGAGGCCCUCGCGUUCAGCAUCGCCCUCAAGGAGGCCCACCCCGCCAUCGAGGCCUUCCGCGCCUGGUACUCCUCCCUCCCCCCCACUCUCACCCGCCCUUCCGACGCCCAUAAUCACAGCUGUCAGAGCUGGGCACUCGUCGGCUCGGCCAGAGUCUGCGACUUCUCAAAGCUCUCCGAAAUAUUGGAUUCCAACGAUUUCUCUCAAACAACCCAUGCCCAGCCUCAAGUUCUUCCCUUCGACCAUCAGCAGGGCCAGGCAUCAGGAAAAACGCGCUUACCGACGGUGAUCCUGUAUGCCUCCCCGGACCCGCGCUCGUUUUGUCCCUUCCACCAAGUGCUGCACAAAGCAUCCACGACGAUCCCGGCGAAGGCCGCGUAUAUCUUCCGAUGGAUAAUACCCUCUGCCCCAACGGCCGCCUCCAAGUCUUCAGCCAGUCUUUUGAGCGGAUGGGGCGCCAGUCUAGAUAUCAAGAAGUCGGAAUACUUGACGCUCGAUGACCGCCCGGUGGAGUCCGCCUCCAGUGAGGACCCCGCGCAAGUAGUUCUCGAUGGUCACCCCGCGGCAGCGACGGAGACGGCGCUCGAUUCUUCGGAGCAGGCCAAGCUGAAGCCGUUGAAGGCGGCCGAGAUCUUCGAUAUCGGCGCCAAGGCCACUCAGCACGUCCUUUCGUCGCCUUCCCCUCUGUCGGCUUUGCGGCGGCUGACGGAGGACUUCCCGCUGAUUGCACACACGCUUGCGAACGAAUGGGUGCCUGGAAGGAUCUCUCGAGAGCUGCGCCUCGAGCUGAAAGAGAACAUGGCCGAGGGCAUCCCUCCCGGCCAGUCGGUGGUCUGGAUGAACGGCCUGCAGCUCUCGCCUCUGGUCUCCCUGGAAAACCUCAACCUCUUCAAGCUCGUCGAGAUCAUGCGCAGCGAACGGCGCUGGAUCACUGCUCUGACUGCCCUAGGCUUCACCUCCCGCCAAGCCCGCGCGCUGGUCGUCGACGAGAAGCUCAACGCGGCUAUGAACCCCGAAGCGGUAUCUGCUGCAUCCGCUGGCGGCGAGAUCGACGCCAGCGCGUUGGGCGCACGGUUCGAUGCGAGUGACCGGCAAGAGGGCGGCGGGGCGAUCCUCUGGUUCAACGACCUGGAAAAGGACGAGAGAUAUUCCAUGUGGCCGACCACCCUGCGUGCAAUUCUGCGACCCACAUUCCCCGGCCAAUUGCACCCCAUCGGCCGGAACAUCAUCAACGUCGUCCUCGGCCUCGACCUCACCCGGAGCCAAAACCUGCACAACCUCGGCCACGUCAUCGAGGUCUUCAUCUCGCGCAGCUUGCCCAUCCGCUGGGGCUUCGUCCCCAUCCCCACCAAGGACCCGGCCCAGGCAGAGCGAAUGACGCGAUGCUUUUGGGACUUGGUCGAGGCCUUGGGGCCGAUCGAGACCCUGAGAUUCGUCAAAGAGUUCACAGCAGAGUUCGAGCCCGAUGCGGGAACGGUGGAUGUUGAGGACUUCCUUGCCAAGGCUAGCCAACGCGUCUCGGCCACAAAUGGGUCCCCCGACGAUGCCCCCUCUCAGGACGAGAAGUUCGCCGUCUGGCUCGCCAAGUCUCAGCUGUACUCGUCCAGACUGUCGCUGUGCUCGAACGACCACAGUCUUCCAGCCUGCAUGAUGAUCAAUGGGCGGUUCUUCCCCAUGGAAGAGAACUAUCGCAGCCAUUUGCAAGAGACGGCGACGCUCCAUACGGGAUUCAUCCAGCAUCAAGUGUACUUCAACUUGUUGAAAGACGAUGCGGAUGUGGCCGAGUACCUCUACGAUCUUCCCUUAGUCCAUCGUGCCCGGAACGACCUCGUGUUCCCCUCUGAGGCCCGACCCCUGCGGUUCGUCGACCUGGCCGAGACGCUUCGAUCCACCGACGCCCUUGCAGCUAAUGUCUUUUUCCACAACCAUGAUGCGCCUGGGGACGAUGAUGCGGCGCGCCCCAUCGCAUCCUUAUGGGUCGUCGGAGAUCUCGAUUCCAGUGGCGGAAUGGCGGCCGUUGCAGCCGCAUUGGGCGUGCUGAUGAAGCCGUCCCCCGACGUAUCUGUGCAAGUCUCCUUCGUCCAUGUGUCUUCCGACGAGGCUGAGACAUCCGCGGAGAUAUCGGCCGGCUUAGCGACACACAUCACUGGCUCUGGCGACGAACCGGUCGCCGUCCAGGAUCUGCUCGCCCAGCUGAGGCGUCAUGGCCAUCCAGUCGCCGCUCCAGACCCGCAGGGCACGUCCGCUGUCUCCGACCAUGACACCGACGAGUUGGUCUUGAGAAUCGUUCGCAGAAAUCGGCUGCAUCGCGCCCCCACAAAGAGCGCCGCAUGGGUCGGCGCACAGCAGUUUGCAAGCGCCGUCCGCGCCCAAAGCGGUAGCAUCGCGAUCAUCAUCAACGGCCGGGUUUUGCAAGUCUCUUCUGGCACAAAGCUGCUCAGCGAAGAUCUCGUGCUGCUUGUUGAGUACGAAGCCCAGCAGCGCAUCACGCCGUUGGUGGAAGCGCUGAAGGGUCUGGACGAAUUUGAGUUCGGCCGACACCGAGCAAAUGUGCCGAUGAUCAUGGCCACGGUCGGGUAUGUGUUGGUGGGCUCGAGCGACGACUCGUCUUCUCCCGCGGAGACCCGCUCGGACAAGCAUCUCUCUCGCAACGGCCGCUAUUCAUCGUAUCAACACGGUGACCAUGCAAAGGCGUUGUUCGACUUCAGCGUCGUCCUGAAUCCCGCUAGCGAGGCUGCUCAGCGAUGGUCGGCGCUGCUGGAGACUUUAUCGCACCGCUCGGAUGUCGCGAUCAAGGUUUGGUUCAAUCCCUCUUUGGAGCUCACCGAGCUCCCAAUCAAGCGCUUCUUCAGGACGGCCAUCUCGAAUUCUUUGGAGUUCGACAAGAACGGCCGAGUCGUCCCGGCGCUGGUCAGUUUCCAGGGCAUCCCGACCGAAACACUGUUCACAUUGGCAAUAGACACCCCGCCGGCUUGGCUAGCACUUCCCCAUGAUUCGAUCCAUGACCUCGAUAACAUCAUGCUUUCGGAGCUCCCGGCGGCUUACAGCUCUCAGGGAGUCGAGGCGAUCUUCCAGCUGGAGCACAUCAUCUUGGCUGGCCACGCACGCGAGGUGCCCAGCGACAUCCCGCCGAGGGGCCUGCAAAUAGUGCUAUCAGACCUGCUCAGAAAUACCGAAGUCGACACGAUUAUCAUGGCCAAUCUAGGGUACUUCCAAUUCAAGUCUGCGCCGGGGAUCCAUCGUCUGUCCAUCCGUCCCGGACGCAGCCUGGAGCUGUAUCAGUUCGAGAAGCCUGAGUCGGGCGGGCCGGAUGCCGAGCCUUACCAGGCUUUAUCCCUGGCCACCUUUAACGGCUUGACCAUCUACCCUCGCGUCCGCAAACGCCCCGAGAAAUCCGCCGAAAGCCUCAUCCAGCCGCUCUCGACCUCCCCCACCUCUUCCCGAAAAGGCCCCGCGGGCGAGUUUUCCAAGCUCAUGGGCCAGGUCAAAGAUCUAGCGACGGGGAUGCUCAAGAGCCAUGGACUCGAUCUCGCCAACGGCACUUCGCGCUCAGUGAUCAAUGUGUUUACGGUUGCGUCGGGACUGCUGUACGAGCGUAUGGCGUAUCUGAUGUGUGUCAGUGUGAUGCGACACACCACGAGUCCGGUGAAAUUUUGGUUCAUCUCGAACUUCCUCUCGCCUUCCUUCAAGCGCUUCAUCCCUCACCUGGCCCGCGAGUAUCGCUUCGAUUACCAGCUGGUCACUUACCGCUGGCCCUCCUGGCUGCGUGCGCAGAAGGAGAAACAGCGCGUGAUCUGGGGUUAUAAAAUCCUCUUCUUGGACGUCCUUUUCCCCCUAGAGGUCGACCGGGUCAUCUUUGUGGACUCCGAUCAGAUCGUCCGGACGGAUUUGAAAGCGUUGGUCGACCUCGACUUGGGGGGAGCGCCCUAUGCGUAUGCGCCAAUGUGCAAUGACCGGAACGAGACCAAGGGAUUCCGAUUCUGGGACACUGGAUACUGGAAGGAGAGUCUCCAAGGCCGGCCGUAUCACAUCAGCGCGCUGUACGUCGUUGACUUGCGGGUCUUCCGAACCGUCGCUGCGGGCGACCAACUGCGUCAACACUAUCAAGCCCUGUCUGCCGACCCUGGAAGCUUGGCUAAUCUCGACCAAGACCUGCCCAACAACAUGCAAGGAAUCCUCCCCAUAUUCACCUUGGAUCAAAGUUGGCUGUGGUGUGAGACGUGGUGCUCGGACGAAGGCUUGAAGACGGCGAAGACGAUAGAUCUAUGCAACAACCCGUUGACGCACGAGCCCAAGCUGAAGCGGGCGCGUCGACUGAUCCCGGAAUGGGACGCCUACGACCAAGAAGUGGCGGGGUUGGCGAGCCGGGUGAAGAAGAAUACGCACGGCGAGGACGACCCGGCGGCGAUGAUCACCGUCCAGGCCGGCCAGAAAAUCGACGACGACGAGCGCGCAUCCACUGCGCCUGCAGAAGAGGAUGUCCUCCCGGAUAGCCAACCGAGCAAGCAUGGCUCUGCAGACGACCAUCAACAUUCGCCGGGUGGCCAUGACGGUGGGGGCAGUAGGGAUGAACUAUGA